AUUGAUUGAGUUGAGUUUUCUUAGUCUUUUUUUCAUCUGGUUAAUCAUGAUUGUUAAUUGUUGAUUUUUUUAUGUGUAUUAAUCAUUUAUUUGAUUUAUUAAUUAGUUUCUAGGGUUAGGUUAGAAGUGUCAUUUUCUUCAAACGGUUGAUAAAGAAUCUUACCUCACCUUUUAGUGUGUUUAGUUGUUUAUUUUUCUCAAAUUUUUUUUCUUUUCUCUUUUUCCAUAAUGAACUAUAAACUCCAUCAUCAUCAAUUCCAAUCAAAUACUAAAUUACGAUCUUCAAUUCUUUUUGUAAUUAUUCUUUUAACAAUUAUUAAGGAAACUGCUAGUGAUGAACAUGACCAUAAGUAUGAUGAUAACGAUGAAGUAGUUCUAUGGAUGAAUACAGUUGGUCCAUAUCCCAAUAGACAAGAAACUUAUACCUAUUUCUCUUUGCCAUUUUGUGCUGGACCCAAAAAAACAAUCUCUCAUUACCAUGAGACAAUAGCAGAAGCCAUUCAAGGUGUUGAACUUGAAUUUAGUGGUCUAGAUAUUGAUUUUAAAGCCAAUGUUGCCAAGACACCUUACUGUUCUGUUACUCUUGAUGAAGAAAAAUUACAAAAAUUUACUGAUGCAGUUAAAAAUUAUUAUUGGUAUGAGAUGUACAUCGAUGGACUACCUGUAUGGGGAGUUGUUGGUGAACAUGAUGAAACUGAUAACAGUUAUUAUCUUUAUACACAUAAAAGAUUUGACAUUGGUUACAAUGGUAAUCAAAUAAUUGACGUUAACCUGACCACUGAUGGUAAAGUAAAACUUGAAUUAGGAGCAAAGAUAAUAUUCACCUAUGAAGUUAAUUGGAAAAAAUCAUCAAUACCUUUUGAACAUCGAUUUAACAAAUAUUUGGAUGCCAGUUUCUUUCAACAUCGUAUUCACUGGUUUUCCAUUUUUAACUCAUUCAUGAUGGUCAUCUUUCUAGUUGGUCUUGUUUCAAUGAUUCUAAUGCGAACAUUGAGAAAAGAUUAUGCCCGAUACAGUAAAGAGGAAGAUAUAGACGAUAUGGAAAGAGAUUUAGGAGAUGAAUAUGGUUGGAAACAGGUUCAUGGUGAUGUUUUCCGAACCCCAUCAUACCCAAUGAUGCUGUCCAUCUUAAUCGGAACCGGUUACCAAAUAGCCACUGUUACCUUUUUUGUAACCAUAUUUGCCAUCAUGGGUGAGCUUUACACCGAAAGAGGAUCCCUACUUUCGACGGCGAUGUUUGUAUACGCAGCAACCUCACCAAUAAACGGUUAUUUUGGUGGUUCACUUUAUGCCCGAUUUGGUGGACGCCGAUGGAUUAAGCAAAUGUUUCUCUCUGCUUUCUUUCAUCCCUCAAUAAUCUGUGGUACCGCUUUCCUAAUCAACUUUAUCGCUAUUUAUUAUCACGCAUCUCGUGCCAUUCCCUUUGGCACCAUGGUAGCGGUAACAUGUAUCCUCUUUUUCGUUGUCCUUCCUUUAACCCUCAUCGGAACCGUAUUAGGUCGUAAUCUUUCCGGUCAGGCCAAUUAUCCAUGUCGGGUUAAUGCUGUUCCUCGACCAAUUCCAGAGAAAAAGUGGUUCAUGGAACCCGAGAUGAUUGUUCUUCUCGGUGGAAUCCUACCAUUCGGGUCCAUUUUCAUUGAAAUGUAUUUCAUUUUCACCUCCUUUUGGGCGUAUAAAAUUUACUAUGUAUAUGGUUUUAUGCUUUUGGUUCUUCUCAUCUUAACUGUGGUCACUGUUUGCGUAACAAUCGUUUGUACCUAUUUCCUUCUCAAUGCUGAAGAUUACCGAUGGCAAUGGACAAGUUUCAUGGCUGGAGGGUCAACCGCUGGUUACGUUUAUUUAUAUUCGAUUUAUUAUUUCUUCUUUAAAACGAAAAUGUAUGGUCUCUAUCAAACGGUCUUCUAUUUUGGUCAUAUGGCUUUAUUUUGUAUCGCCUUAGGAUUAAUGUGUGGUACCUUUGGUUAUAUUGGAACUUCAGCUUUUGUGAGGAAAAUUUAUUCCACUGUAAAGAUUGACUGAUUACCAUAUCAUUGCCAAUAUUAUUGAUACAAAUCAUUAUUGAUUUCUAAGUAAUUAACAAUAAUAUUUGUUUAUUGCUAUUGAAAAAGAGAUAAUUUUUCAUCAUCAUCAUCAUCAAAUUCAUUAUCAUUCAUCAACAGAAGCUACAAAAAAAACCAAGUACGCUAAUAAAACUAAUCCACAACAAUUAAAAAAAUUUAAUUAACGAAAUAACCUCUUCGUUAACUAAUCAGCCAUCAACCAUCAUAAUCAGCUGAUUCUCAAGAAUUUACUUUACCGUGUAUCAUCAUAUAUAAAUCUUCAUUAUCACACACGAAAAAAAUUAUUUCAAUGGAUAUGAAAAUCCGAUGGACAAUUAACUAAAUGAAAACCUGAUAUUUUCUGAUUGUCUAUCACAACACUCCAAGUGAUUUUCACCACAGAAACUUAGGCAAAGAGAGUAGGAAGAAGUCAGAAAAAGAUAUCAAAUUAACGAUUGGAAUGGAAAAUAAUUAAUCAAAUCUAUUUAUUCACCAGCAAUUAAAAAUAAUAGUAACAAUUAAAGAAACUAAAACAACAAGGAAAAGCCAUAUUCAAGUGUAAGUUAAUCAUUGAGGAGAAAACGAGAUAAAUUGUAAUUACGCAAGGAGGUGUUGUUAAUAAGCGCAAUCGAACAUUUUUUUCAUCUAAUCCUUUUCAUAUCUCAAUGGAUUAAUAUUAAUUGUAAAUACAAAAAAAAAACAAUAAUUAUUACUAUUAUACCAUCAAUGGAAAGUGAAAAGCAAGCAAACCAAAACUCAACAAUCAAACUAAAUUACAAUAUGGGCUGUAAUUGGAUAAAAGAAGCUGCUUAAGUAUAACAUUCACACCUUAAUUAAAAGGCAAGUUUACAUUGACAAUUUAAUUUAAUACUGAAAGAGAAAACUAAAUUAUCAGAAAAAGAAAACACCAAUAAGUAAACAAAUCAACAGAUGAUUAAAAAAUUAUUUAAAAAAAACAAGUAAAUGUGAAAAUCACAACAAAAACAAUAAAAUUAUUAAAAUUCUCA